UGCAUAAUCUAUAGGUUUAGUUUUGCUACUUGAGAAACUAAACAGAAUCCAACCUAAAACCGUCCUGAUAGCCCCAGGUUGCGACUUUGAUCCCUUCCUGGUCUCAUGGGGCACAGUAAGGUGCCAAUUGUCGAUACCUAUUAUUAACAUAGGCGUAGCAACAUCGUAACAUAGCUCUUCGGACAAAUCACUUAAAUAUAAAUAUUCACGUAAACUAUCACGGGUAGCGAUUUGAGAUACUAAACCUAAGUUCCUAAUAGAACGCGUCUUAGAUAUUACAAAGGUGUCAGAUGAAUACUUACCUCUCUUAACAUCUACAUAACUAACACUACUAUUACGGGACAAACCGCCAACGCAAUUUAAACGUAAAUAUCCCUCCGGGCCCUUUGCACCUAUUCGGGCAGCAACGUCCGCAUCGAUGAAAGUUCCAGUAGAACCAUCAUCCAACAAAGCGUAAGUAUCGACGCUCCCGGUAGGCCCACAGACUGUUACGGGUAGCACCUUUAGUAAGGGCCGGAGAGAUGACACUGGUGUUGAAGUAGUCCCAACAAUAGCCUGAUCCGCAAUAUCUACAUUUUCCUUCUGCGGAGACUGAACCGACGUAGAAGCUACAGGGUUAUCUGAACCUUGCAUAUUAUUGUCAUCACUAACAUUGACGUUAUAGUUGGUCACGUCAUUCUUAUGGAGUAAUGUGUGGUGACGACGGUUCUUACAGGAUGCCACAGUGCAAGUCGUCUUACAAAUUGCAUAUCUAUGGCCACCCUUAACUAAGCAUUUUCUGCAAACUUUGUUGUCCGUGACCCAUUUUUCGCGACUGUCAACGGACAACGAAAGGAAACGCGCACACGCCGAAACCUCAUGACUUCGCGACCCACAAAAGGCGCAUGAAUAUGGAGACUUCGGGCCGUCUAUAAAAGAAAUUUCUCCGGAACCUGUGCCCUUUUUAAACUCUAAUAGAAACUUUUCCUGACGCCCCUUAUCUCGAGGCACAAAUUCAUUUAAAAUACCGAACUUAAUAUGUAUGUUAGCCUCGUGCACUAGGAAGUCUGAUAGAAGUUCUAACUUAAAAUUACGAGAACGUUGACGAGAAAAUGCAAACUCUACCCAUUUUUCCCGAAGGAGGGGAGAAAGCUUACCAAGAAUGGUAUUCACGAGUUCUGGACUAGCUAAAUAUUCGAAAUGAUUUAAUAAUUUAAUGGUUGUAACACAAUUACGGACUUUACAAGAAACAUAGUUUAGGUCUCUACCGGAAUCGAAAUUACCAAUUAUUGGCAAAGCUUUCACCUUAGACAAGGCAUUUAAAACAACAAUUUCCGGAUCACCAAAUUGCUGUUCCAAAGCUGCCAUUACCUCUUGCGGGUCGUCACACACGAUCAAGAGUGAUGCUAUAGCUUCACGUGCUGCUCCCCGUAGAGCCGUGGACAAUCGGACUAGGUUGUCCGCAUCCUCAAAAUGAGCCAUAGUCCGUUCAUAACUUUUGCGGAAGCAAAGCCAGUCUGUGGGCGAGCCAGAAAAAAUAGGAAGAUCACUUACCCUCCGUCCAGUCGGCGCAAGGCUCUUGAUGGCUUCCGUGAAUUGUGUAAUAUUUUCAUUAGUUUUAUUAUUGUUACUAAUAUAAUUAUUAUCAUUCUGACUACUUGAGUGUGUGCCUACGCGUGCAUGUGCAGUGGUCGUGACGUCCGCAUACGCGCUCCCAGCCUUUGGGGCGUUCCGCUGAUCUGGCAGCGUCGCCGGCGGAGAGCAUGUGACCUCGGCAAGGUAUGGAAACUGUCCUCCUUUGGCCGAGGCACGAUCGUUAGGUGCGACCUGUAAUUGAGUACGGCCUUUAUUAUUAAUAUUGGAAUGAAACUUCACCCAAUUUUCAACAUGUUGCGCUGAAGUUCGACUGGCGGCGCGACUGGUAUGGCUGCGCACUUCUAGAGCAGCAAUCUGGGCUCGUAAUUCCGCGUCUGCAGCUGCACACUCCGCAGCCGCCGCGCGCUCGCGAUUCUCGCGCUCAACAGCCGCAGCGCGCUCGCGUUCCUCACGCUCAACAGCCGCAGCGCGCUCGCGUUCCUCACGCUCAACAGCCAUGGUGCGCUCGCGUUCCUCACGCUCAGCUUGAAUCUGAUUCAAUUCCAUUUCUGCCAUACACCGAGCAUGUUGCGCUUCGAACGCAGCACGCUGAGCAACGACCGAUGAAUUUGACUUGGAGGAAGCUGCGCUUGUACUACUACCCAUAUUUUUUGCCUGCGCCCUAGUCUUUACCAUUACUAAUAAAAAUAAUAAAAUGAAAUGAAACUAAAUUAAUGUACGUGUACACUUUUUAGAAUUAAUUCACUUCUGACACCACUUUGUUGAAUAUACUGAAUAAAAGACGUAUAAUUUUCAGUAUUUUCUUGUAUUUUGUUUAACAUAGGUUUUAAAAUUAUAAUAAAUCAAAUAUCACUAUGACAACGUAUGUAUCAAAAAAUCUACCAUAAAGUCAAAAAAGGAGGUUGUGGUUGAGGUUGUAUUCAGGUUCGUAACACAGGGUUUGUUAAAGGCAGGGGAGCACGGGAGCAAAUUUUAAACAUGAGACGCAUGAUAGAGAAGUGCCGGGAGUUCAAUGUUCCAGUGGCUCUGUAUUUCAUUGAUUACGCGAAAGCCUUUGACUGUAUCAGCUGGAACAAAAUGUUUAGCGUAAUGGGCGAGAUGGGUGUUUCGGCACAUUUGACCUAUCUAAUUCAGAAACUGUACCUUGACGGAAGGUCCAAAGUACGUGUAGAGGAUUCUGAAUCGACUUGUUUCCGGACUAACCGCGGAGUAAGACAAGGUUGCAUCCUUUCGCCACAACUUUUUAAUCUCAUCGGCGAACACAUUAUGCGAAGAGUGCUGGAGGGGUGGGAUGCUGGUAUAAAAAUUGGCGGACACCUUAUUAAUAACCUACGCUUUGCAGAUGAUACUACCAUAAUUGGAGCCAACGAAAGUGAACUUGCUGAGCUUUUGCAAAGAGUAGAGACAAUAAGUGCUGAUUACGGUCUCAAAAUAAAUCGUGCCAAAACUAAGCUGAUGUUUGUAGAUAAAGCGGGCACACUACAAAGAACCUGGGAGCUGCAGGAUCUGGAAACCGUAAAGGAAUUUAUUUACCUUGGUUCUAUGAUUACCAGUGACGGCGACUGCGAAAAGGAGGUUGUAAGGCGAGCUCAGAUUGCAAAAUCGGCUGUAAAGCGGUUAAAAAAGGUUUGGAGGAACAGAGGAAUAAGCAAGACGACGAAAGUCAAACUCAUGCGGAACCUUAUCUUUUCUAUAUUUCUGUACGCUUCGGAGACCUGGACGCUGAAGGCACGCAUUCGAACCAAGAUCGACGCGUUUGAAUUGUGGUGCUGGCGGAAAAUGCUAGGGGUUUCUUGGACAGAGCACCGCACCAACAUUUCUAUUCUCUCCGAACUAGGCAUAACAUCCCGCCUGUCUACUACAUGUAUGCAGCGACUUCUUCAGUACUUCGGACACGUGGCCCGACGAGAACCAGAUAAUCUUGAAAAGCUCAUCGUCGUAGGUCAUGUGGAAGGAAAAAGGAGCCGCGGAAGAUCACCCGCCCGAUGGACUGAUGCGGCCAAGGAAGUCUGCCAAACUGACAUUCAGACAUCUAUCCGGUUGGCCGAAAACCGCAAUACGUGGAGGAAGCUGGUACACCGGGUGCCCUCAUGCUGUCGCGACCCUCAGUCAUGAGGUUACGAGGAAGAAGAAGAAUUUUAUGAUAACCAUCGAAAGGGUUAAUCAUAAUGGCCUUAAAAUAUUGUGUAACCAUGAAAUAUCAGGUAAUUUAUUAGAGGGUGCCACAAGGUACAACAUGAGCACCACUAUUAACGCGCUGUCCAGCGGCGAGGCAUGCGGCGCGCGCUGGAUGAUCGGCGUACUGCUGCUGGCGCCGCUCGCCGCUGCCAACUCUAGCUAUUGUGCCGUACUGGCAGUUAUCUUGCUAGGAGUCUUUAUAACCGCAGCUACAUUCACAUGCAAAGAUCUAAAAAAGCUAUCGGAGAUCCUUCCACCGUCGAAAACAUCGAGGGGGCGUCGGGAGAGAAAUCUGCAGUCGUUCGCUGACUUCAUGGCAAUGUGGAUGACAUUCCUGUCCCACUUGGUGGCGGUGGCCGUGUGUGCCCGCAUACUCAGCGCUACAGCUGACCACGUCACGAGUGGCAGAACUAGAAGGUGGCUCUUUGGAUACGAGACUAGAGCCCUGGGGGAGCCCUGGCCGGACGUCUUGGGUGUUACCGUUGUAAUGGUCGUCUGCGCUAUGUUUAUGUGCGGCUUAGAAGAUAGUAUAAUGUUCACAUUCAUGCUGCUGAUACUGUUGUAUAUAUUCAGUCAAUUCUUUGCAAUCGUCGGACUGAUGAAUUUGGAUAUUACUAAUAUAAAUAUGCCUAUCCCAAUCACUAUUUAUGAGCUUUUUGCAGCUGGAUCACCGAUCAGUUACGCUUUCAGUGUAGUUAUACCCAAGGAAAGUGGAUCUCUUAAAAAGAAUAUGUUGCUCAGAAUCAGCAUGCCGGUUGUCGUCCUCUCGGGACUAUGUUUCUUGUACACCAACAUGUUGAAAGGUAACAGUAUAAACGCGGCGCUCCCAGUGACGACGCUCCUUGAAGCCAGGUCUGCCGGCUGGGUGUGUCCACUGCUAGCGGCCGUGACUGUGGCUGGUGUAUGCCUGGCUCUCACUGAGCUGUGCCCGCUACUGUUCGCUGUGCUGGUAGCGCUGGCGUCGCCCGAAUGGAAGGUCCUCACCAGAUCCAUGACGUACGAGAGCACUACCACCGGCAGUCCAGUCUUAGCCGUGUUCACAGCUGGCAGUUUAGCGGCAAUCCUCGCGUUUGCAUGCCCCUUGUCUCACAUGAUUACGCUGAUGAACGCGAGCCACCUUCUCAGCAUUGCCGUGCAGGCGUUCCACUUCAUGGUCAUGCGAUGUGUUCCCACGACGGAACAGAAAGAAGCAGGCAACAUAGAAUAUAAAAGACUCGGAACGGAUGGCACAUCACGUACGACAAAGUCGACAGGCACAAAAACCAAGCAUGGUUUAUGGUUCAUACCAUCGGCUAUACGACAUACAAAAACUCUUGAGAGCAUAAAAUCGAAAAUUACUAACAAGGAAACAGAAGAACGCGAGUGCUUGCUACUUGACGAAUAUGCGGGGUGUCCCACUGAAGACAUAAGCCACGGAAUGAGCUGCAGUAGUGGCUCCGGACAAGUACCCACCGUAGAGGUGGAAGAUGUAGCCUCAGACGUUGAAGCUAGCGAACCCGAAAUGUCUUCGGGCGACGACUCCACAGAUAUUGACGCCGUAGUCAAAGAAUACAGGGAUAGAAUACAGGUGGUUACAGCUACUCCUGAAGCCAGCACUCCCUCGCCGCCGAGCGUGAGAGGGGCGCGUUGGGCAGCAGCCGGUGCUUUAAUCCAAGUGAUAGCUAAUAUAUUGAUAGCUGUGGCAUUCUGCAUAGAUACCAUCAAAGUGCCUAUGUUUGCUACUGGUAUACCUGUUUGGUUUUGCGGCACUAUUAUAAGUGGUUGGCAACCAGCUCACACUCUUGCUAUACGGAAGACGCAAUCUGCGCAAGGACCCGUAACAUUACUAGCAGCUCUGCUAUUUCUGACACCACUGCUGCUUGAUUCCUGGCCAGCAAUCACUCUGUUUGCCGUUGCAGGUAUAGUAAUAUACGCCCGCUGCGAACGUUGGUGCGGUGACCUCGCAGUGCAGCAGGCGAGGAACACUGUGGAGCGACGCAAGCUGCGACCGGCAACGGCCACGGUGCCGCUAACUGGAGCGCGGCUCGCACACAUCGACACCGUUUAUAUUUCCAGGUGA